AUAAGGAUCGUUAUAGUUAUAGGGCCUAACACCGAUACCUGGACAUUGGCGAAUCGAGACGCUUUUCUACUUGUCAUUUACACUGGAAUUGUUACUUGGUCAAAAAUAACGAGUUAGCUCACGAAGCAGCUAUCAUGGCACUCAACACCAGUAUUUCUAUUCUACCAGUAGCUCCCAAGGCAUCCAAUAUUCUGGAUUUACCUGGCGAGAUUUUGAAGGAAAUAUGUAGCCAAUGCUUCCAAUCCGAUUGGAUUCGUCUUUCCCUAGUCUGCAGGCGUUUCCGCGACCUUGCCGCCGCCCAGCUAUAUCGUAAUUUCCACAUCGUCUUCCCGGACGAAGACGAUCCAUAUUUCGAUUCCCCCAUUGAUGGUCUCGCGGGUGGUCUAGAGACGUUCGUCGCAAGCGAUUACAACUAUGCAAAGCACUUAAGGGAGCUCUCCCUCGAUACCCUUAGUAUUGGUGACAGGGCUGAACUUGCCUAUAAGCCGUACCUCGCUUCUGUGAGCUGCGGGAAGUUCAUGAACACCCUAUUGCUCCUUACGCUGCGGAAGGCCCAGUCACUUGAUACCUUUCGAUGGAACAUUAGAGUUGAGCUUAGCAGGCCUGUUUAUAAAGCACUGCAUAACAUCAAGUCGCUAAGACAUCUUCAUUUACGCUUACAGGCCGGCACCUCCAUUCAUCAGAUUCCGCCGCCUUUUUCAGAUUCUAAUGUGCAGCAUUCUGAGGACGAUGCUAUGGUCAUGCCAGUCUCCCAAUGGGCCAAUUCGAACAGUACCCUUCUUAACCCUAUGGUCAAUUACGGGCCCCCUCCGGUUCCAUCCUCAUUGUCGUUGGGCUACAAACCCUCUUGGAGAAAUAAACCUCCAAAGAAACCAUCUACCGCCAAGGAACCCUCGACAAUUGAAGGCUUCAGAAACCUUGAAAGUUUGAGCGUUCUUGAUAUAGAUAGCCUUGACGUGAUAACGGAGGUUCAAGUUUGCGUACGUAAUUCUUCAUCGACGCUGAGAAAGGUGAAGCUUUCGUUUUCAGAUAGCCUUGCUAUGCAAGCAAGAAAACCCUGCGCUGAUGCAGAGCUCGAUGAAUCCGAAGACGACGAAUUUCAAGUUAUGCCCAUAUCCUUAAGCGCCAAUUACGAUGACAACGGACCUGCAAAGGCAUUUCAAGCGCAGGAAGAACGUAAGCUUCAGGAGUUGGUACUAGGCCGUAUAUUCGAGGUAGAGCCAUCGCACACAAAGAAUACUCGCUUAUCCACCGAAAACAAGAAAGAAAUUGCAAAAAAAGAGGAUUCUGAGGAACAACCAAUUUCGGAUAACGGACAACAUUUCAUAGAUAAUGUUAGCAGAGUCUUCGAGCGUAUGGUGGCGCAUGUCAACGGUACCAGCGGUUUUACAUCUAUUGAACAACAGGAUGCUUUGGAUAUAAUCGCGAAGGCCGCAAAGAAAUAUGUGGCUUCGGAGGAGUCCAAAUCCAAACCUAGUCCCUCGUCUGGAGAUCUACCCACUAACGAUGGGCUACAUCCGUUGCCUAAAGACCAUGAAUUAGGGCUUGACAUAGACAAGUCAGAUGAGUCCCAGCCACUUAGUUUUGGACUCAAGCCAUAUCCAUCAAUACCAAAGGAUUCAUACGAUGCUAACCCAGAAGAUAUCGAUAUCGAAGUCCCGGAGGAGCAAUUGACAGCUGAAUUUCAACGGAUUAUUGAAAUAGCGUCUACCGACACAGUGGCACCAAAGGAACUAUUUAACUCGGCAGAAGUGAGCACUAUUCCCUCCAAUGUAACAGAACCGAACGAUGUCGUCCAAGUCUUUAAUGCCGGGAGCAUGGACGAUGUAGAGACUGAAUGGAAGGGUUAUGCUAACAAAUUCUCUAAGGAGACAUGCAUAGCUAUUUGCGCUGCCGACGAUGAUCACCAGGAUAAAUCUCAACGGCACUUAGAGUGUACCGGUUGUGAUGUAGAAGACGUACCUUGCGAUAACGCAGUUCAAACUAGCUUAACUACGAACGGAACGGAGACGCAUCUUAGCAACGUGAAUAAAUAUGCACGAGACACGAGAGGCAUCGGACUCCACUCUCUCAGCAUCCAUCUUAUACCAAUCAAGGCUUCGGUGCUAGGGAAGGCUAUAGAUUUGCAUUCACUAAAGCGGAUUACUUUACUCAACGUGGGCGAGCAAAAGAAAUUUUGGGCAAUGAUGAUGAAAGAAAAUAGCCUGAGACCGCUUCCACUACGAAAAGUCUUUACAGACGAUGUCUGUCUGCAGUUCUUACACCUUGUUUCCCAGCUUGACUGUGUUAAAGAGGUAUUCAUGCUUCAGCGGUCGCCAAAGUACAAGCCGGAGAGCUUCGCGCCAAACCCUGGCACGACUAUCGAACAAAUCCGGAAUUUUGUCCUGAAGAAGCAUAUGCAUUCUCUCAAACGUCUCAUGAUCAAGAACCAAGCUGAUAGUUCAUGGGAUGUGGAUGAGAAAACAAUACAGCACAUCUGCAGGCGUGGAAAAGUGCUUGAAGAACUGGCCGUGAUAAUGGGAAUGCGUGCAAUUCAUACUUUAAUUCAGCGUAUCGCUGGCCUUACUAAUCUCCGCGCACUACAGCUCAUCUCUUUUAGAACAGAGGACACUUGCCUUUCUGUCAUGCGCGAGACGCGCCGUUUCAUAGUUGACGCUCUUUCUUUCCACCCUGAGCUAAAACUCGAGUGGCUUGCACUAGGUGACGAUGAACGAGCUGUAAGAAUUGUCCGGAAAUCAGGAGUCCCUAGGAAGUCAAAAGUCGGCUCGAAUAAAGACAAGAAACAUGCUCCGAGCCCGAAUCAAGACCAUGUUGGUAAUGGACUCUUCCCAGUCGCACCUGUAGAAUGGGGUGCUACGAGCGAGAGCGAUGAGGACGAGGAUGAUGACCCAUUGUUAAGGGUGAAACUAGAACUUGUUGAGCCUUUCUCAUUCUACGACAUCUUCGGUAUUCGGAUCUUUGAGAAAGAGAUCGUGAAUGGUCGAUUAUGAUCGGGUUUUAGGAUGAGGCAGCAUGUGGGUUUUGGAAGGGUUUAAGAACCUUUGUUAAUGCUUUUGUUUUUCCUCUGUUGGCAAGAUACCCCUUUGAGUGCGGCUGGGAUGGGGUGUUUUUUGACUUAGGAAAGGGAUAUAGCUCUAUUUCGCUUGCACUUACAUGACGUUGUUGCGAUAACUUCCCCGGAUAGCUUCGCUAGCCUUUACCUUGGGGGAGAUCCGUUACUAAUGUAUUAAUGAUUGGA